AUGAUCUCUGAUCUCAAGGUCCACUACGAUGAGCAAGGCUAUGUCAUUGUUCCUGGGUUAAUCGAAACCGAGGACUUUGACGAGCUAGAGAAGGCUUGUAGUCGAAUCAUUGCCCGAACACGGGAAGGUCAUUGGCCUCAUCGUCGGACAGUUGGAAAGCAGUUUCCACCGUACGGCGACGAUGAUCCCGAUUCUUGGGGUGUCCAACACAUCAUGCAUCCGCAGCUUGGCGAAUCUAUCUUUGCGAAGUGGUACACGUCGCCGAAAUUGUUGGCUGCGGCUACGAACCUCCUUGGAUGUGAAGUCAGAGAUCUACAGAUGGAGCCGUUCAAUCUUCUCAUCAACCCUGUCUCUCAUGAUUUUGCGCUGCGAUGGCACCGCGACGAUAUUCCGGAAAGCGCUGCCGAGAAGGAAGAACAAGAAGCACUGAAUAUCUGGCACUAUGGAGUUCAGUGGAAUACAGCCCUCUACCCUGACUCGUGUCUCUAUGUCGUGCCUGGGUCUCAUAAGAUCCCAAGGACGCCAGAGCAAAGGCGCCUUUCUUCGGGUCAAAUUCCCGACCAACCAUUGGAUAUGCCUGGCGCAAUACAGGUGUCGCUCAAGCCUGGCGAGACCGUGUUCUAUAACUCUAAUAUCCUUCAUUGUGCCGCAUAUAGUUCGAAGGAGCGACGCAUCACCUUGCAUGCCUGCACAGGCGACGUGAAGGGAGGAUCGACCCGUGCAAGGAACGUCCUCCAGCACGGCCUAGCCUGGAUGAAAUCUCCCGAAUUUCGCGACAGCCUGCCCACUGAAGUUGCAGAGGCCAUGCUUGACAAAUUGUUGGCUAUGUACAAUACGACAGAUAGGGACAGAAUUGGGUUUUCACUUCAGAAUUAA